AUGUUGUCGUCGAGUGACGACUUACCUGUCACCGGUCGCCACAGGGUGUUGACAAAAUCCGUUUCUCAAGAAACUUUUGACGUUAUUUCGAGGGUGCCACCAACAAACGCAGAAAAGUUGUUUGACAAUCUGCCCUGGUUGAAUAUUAUGGCCGAUAUCGCUAUCACAGCGGCUAUUGCGGAAAUGAAGUUCAAACGCAUGCUAAACAAAGAACUGUCUCACUUCUCCGAGUCAAGCCGUUCAGGAAAUCAAAUCUCAGAAUACAUUUGCUCCACCUUCUUGGACAAGCAACAAGAGCUAGAUAUACCAAAUGUCCUACGUAUAGAAGAAAAUGUUCCUGAGCCUGCAGCUAAGGGACCUCCGCGCAAGGAGCGUCCCCGUGCUCCAACUACUAUGUCUCAGAUAUCUGGAGUGAACAGGAAGUUGUGCCACACUAACUCAUUUACUGGCGAAAAACUACCGACUCAUGGGGUUGAAACUCCUUUCGAAGACGAAUUAGGUAAAUGUCUUUUGGAGAUUGACAGAUGGGGUGUCGAUAUGUUCAGGAUUGGUGAACUAAGUAACGAAAGACCAUUGACCUGUGUAGCAUUCACAGUCUUUACUAGUAGAGAGCUGUUGAAGAACAUGAUGAUUCCUCCAAAGGUUUUCGUCACAUAUAUGAUGACUGUUGAAGACCAUUAUGUUAAGGAGAAUCCUUUUCACAACUCUUUGCAUGCCGCCGACGUCACACAGAGCACCCAUGUGCUCCUUAACACACCGGCCUUGGAGUCUGUUUUUACUCCAUUAGAAAUAACUGCCGCUUUGUUUGCCGCUUGCAUACAUGACGUCGAUCAUCCAGGUCUUACCAACCAAUUUCUCAUCAACUCGAGCUCUGAGUUGGCAAUCAUGUACAAUGACGAAAGCGUCUUGGAAAACCAUCACUUGGCCGUGGCCUUCAAGCUUCUCUCCAACGAAGGCUGCGAUAUUUUCCUGAACAUGACCAAGAAACAAAGGCAGACUCUAAGAAAGAUGGUUAUCGACAUGGUGCUUAGCACUGACAUGUCUAAACAUAUGAGCCUCUUGGCUGAUCUUAAAACUAUGGUAGAAACGAAAAAAGUAGCUGGCAGUGGUGUUUUGUUGUUGGACAAUUACACAGACAGGAUUCAGGUGCUGGAAAAUCUAGUCCAUUGCGCCGAUUUGAGCAAUCCUACUAAACCCUUACGUUUAUACAGACUUUGGGUCGAACGUUUAAUGGAAGAAUUUUUCCGCCAAGGUGACAAAGAACGCGAAGGUAACAUGGACAUAUCUCCCAUGUGUGACCGUCACUCCGCUACCAUCGAGAAGUCGCAAGUUGGCUUCAUUGACUACAUAGUGCAUCCCUUAUGGGAAACUUGGGCCGAUUUAGUACACCCUGAUGCCCAAGACAUCCUCGACACUUUAGAAGAAAAUCGCGACUGGUAUCAAAGUGCCAUACCAGCUAGUCCUCCAGCCGAAGAAGAAGCCGGAGAUUCACAAAGGGGCAGCAUUCGCUUUCAGGUAACACUUGAAGAAGGCGAUGCCGAAUCCGAAACGGAAUCGGCCGGCCCAAUGUGA